AUGCCGCCCCCCCCCGCGGCGGGUUUGGGGCCAGGGGCGGCUGCGGGGAGACCAGCUCGCUUUCCUUUGGCUGCGAGUGCGGUGUGCCUCUUGAAUCUGCUGUUUUGUCUUUCUCUCCUCUGCGUUUACCUCAUACUGGAGGAAGACCUCGUCUUCCCGACCCCCGCGCUGUCUCCGCACAAAAUCGUGUCUCAGAUUCCGGCCAAAGUGCUGCCUGCGGUCGUCUUUGUUUCAAAUCCGUUCUCACCCUCUGGACACUUUGAACCGGAAGAAGGCCCCACGCGCCACCUUUCUGCUCUCCCUUCGGAAAACGGCGUACGUCCAGUAGGCGAGGAAAGAAGCAGCCAGUGGAAAACCGAUCGGCAGGACUCCGCAACUGCAGCGCCGCUGCGAGAAAGAAUCCCUUCUGCGGAUCUCUCUCCUCCACAGACAGAUUCAGAUGUGUCUCCUGCCCGUUCCUCUGCACGCCCUGGGUCUCAAGGCAGCGGCGAAGAAGCUACAGUGACAGACGAAUGGAGGAAGCGAGAAGGCGCCGCGCACGUCGUGUCCUCGCCUCUCGGGAGCGCAAACAGGCACCACCCAGGAGGUCCGGCGUCGCCCGAAGAGCCGCCGCACCCCUCCUCCGAAGGAGAGAGCGAGGAGACUUUGUCCGAGAGUCAAGGAAGAACCAAAGACGCAGCCGAGGCGCCCACUGGACAGAUGCUAAAAGCAGCCACGGGCUUCCUCCACUGGUUCUUCCAGAAGGCCGACGACUUGCCGCUCGCCAAUGCGGUGCACAGACGGCUGAAGAGCUUACGGGAGAUGGAGGCAGCCGUCGCCAGGCAGCGAACGGAGGCUGAAACAAACAGGAAAGAGAGACGAGGGGGAGCAAGAAACCAGCGAGGAGCGAAGCGCAGGCUGGCCGAGGAAGAGGGAAGCCAGAGAGAAGAGGGCGACGCAUCUACCGCUGGAUCGGACGCGGCAGAGAGUGCGAGGGAGGGAUCGCUGCCUGGCGACGAGGAUAGCGAACGUGGUUUCUUCGAAGGAGACACUUCGGAGAGACACGCAGGGGGCCUAGAUCGGGAAGGUUGCACGCAGCAAGGGGAAUUCGGAGGAGGGUGCACACGGCGCUCGUCGUCUUCGGAGAGGCAGCAGGGAGUUGGAGUGGAAGCGGAGGAAACAGGACGUUUGUCCUCCUUGCUUCCAACGUCGUUCUCAGAUCGGCUGUCUGCGGAGGUCGAGGCUGCGCGGAUCCUCGACUUCGCCCUCAGCCAUGGUGUCAUUGCCAGUCUCUUGCACGGGGAGAGCCGAGGCGCUUUUCCAGGGGCGAGGCCGCAAGGCCAGGAGAAGAGAGGGGAGGGAAGCAAAACCGACGAGGGUGGCCGAAACCUGCUUUUGAAGGCGGUCGCUCGAUACCUGCUCGUCGCGAAUCCUUCCGCGUUUCCCCCACCGUGUCGGUGGGAAGACGAUAACGGCUUUGGAACUGGAGAAGCGGGGGCCGAAGGUGCUGGAGACGCUGCCAGUCGGUCUGCUGGCGAGUCUUCUCCGCUUUGCUUCGACGCGGCGGCGCUCUUCACGCCGUCGCUCACGAGGCGGCUGCUGAUGCCAACUGAAGCGUUUAGCGCCUCUCUUUCCCUCGAUCACUAUCUCCAGACUUUGAUGUUUCACCAUCUCGACGAGAUGCCGAUGACGCCUCCUCCUCAUCUUCUGAAUCAGCGCCUGGCACACUCGGUUUCUGCGUUUCUGCUUCCGGUGCCCCAGGGCCCCGCAGACAGCGCGGCGUCUGCGGUGUACGUACACUCGGCGGACGGCCUCAGCGGCCAGUGCCGCGCGGAGGGCGGGGCGGCGCACGGCAGGGUGUGUCGGUUGCCGGGGGGAGGCGGCCGGUCCGCGAACAAUUCGCCUGUGACGUCCUCUCCGUUUUCUGCCGCCAAGCGUUUCGACGACGCGAAACCCGUUCGCCUCGCCGGUAAUGAGGUGUCCGUACAGACCAUUGCGGACCCCAAGUCGAACUACCUCUACGUCCUUGUCCUCUACGGCAAAGACCCGGUCUAUUCCUCAGCCUUCUCUUCGUCGCCGGAACGGAUGCCUGUCCGGUACCGAACGCGGCUCGUUGUUUACCGUCGCUCUCUCUCUGAUCUUCUGCAGGCGGCUCUCCUCAAUCGUCCGCUCCGUCGCGCGGUGUACAGACAGCUCGUGCGCCUGUAUCCCUACCGGCACUUGGCUGAUCUCGUCGGGCUCUCUUUCCUGCCUGCUCUGGCCUCUGCCUUCUCGGCUGCAGAGCGAAGACGCGACUCUCCGGAAAUCGGGACGAGGCAACCCCUCGCGGACCAGAAUCAGGGAGGCUUCAGCCCCCGCGACCCGCGGGAACCUUCUUUGUCUCCGUUGCCCCGUGUGUCUCCUGUUUCUUCCCUUUCGAACUCUGAUCCGACACCCGAGUCUCCUCCCCCGUCUCCCAGUUUGUUUGAACUCGCGCCCACGUCGCGUGCGUCUCCCCUCACAUCUCUUCCGGCGUUUCCCGAAAGUGCCGGAAAGCUCACAGGCGCUUUUGAUUCCAGAGUGUCCAUGCUGUCUCCGACACGCGACGCCGGAAACGUCCCUGCGCCACGGAGGUCUGCUGGGGCGCCGUCUCCUGUCUCCCCGCCCCGCAGUCCCUCGAUGUCUCUCCAUCUCCCUACGGCGCUUGCUUCUGCGCGCCGAACCACUACACGAGAAGAGGCUCGACGCGCACUGGAAGGUUUCGAAAGGAUCGCCCUCUCGGCAGCUCUCGGCGCAGGUGUCCGCGCAGAUCGCGAAGCAGAUGCGGACGGGGAGGAGACGCUUUUUUCUCCCGCAGUCGGCCCUUUGCCCCCUCAAGCCGCGUCUGUUCCGUUCCAGAUCGCGCAGGCGGCUGUCGAGAGGCUGCUGCGGUUUCCCCCUGGGACGAAGAGAGGCGCACAUGGGGAAGACAGAGAACGAGAAGCACGAGACGGCGGUUCUCGACACGCCGAACCGGCGCCUGCGGCAGCGCCUCGCCGCACGCCUUUGUCUUCGUCCUUCUCUGCUUCCGACUCGUCUCUGUCGACGUCUCCCGCGGUGUCGCCGAGGCUCCAAACCACCCACCUGUCCACGGGGCUCUUCCCUGCGCCCUCAGUGGUCAACCUGGAGAGACACCGACUCGAGUUGGCGGGCGCCGUCGGAGACCUUUUUGCGCCGGCCACGGGCUUCGCGCUGUCGCCGUUUCUUCGCCUGCCUCUGGUCCUCGCUCAAAUUUCUGGCGAGCUCGCGCUCGCGUACGUCCACACGCUGGCCUUGUUUUUCCAGGAGGGCGGCGCGUGCGCAGCGUCGCUGUGGGACCUUCUCCAUGCCUGCUUCGACGACCCUAAAUCCUUCUAUGUUUCGCUGCAUGCGCCGACCUUCUCGAAGCACCCCUGGAUCAGCGUCCAGCCUCUCUACGAGCUGCUGCAUGCGCACUACGGCGACAUCCCGGGCCCUAGAGACGCCGGAGACAUCGCUGUCGCCGCGCACGCCGCGGAGGAUGGGCAAGCCGCGAGACGCGCACGCUCGGCGCGAGACGAAGAGCAAAGAGAGGAGACUCCGAGGGGCGAACUGGGUGCGAGAGAAGCAGGCGAGCGUUUCGAGGAGAGCCAAAAAGCGAGACGAUCGAGGAGAGACUCGCCCGUCUUCACACUGCCUGUCGUCAUGCACUUGGGAUUCGCGAUGGCUCUUGAGACAGCCCGCGCUCUCUGGAGACAGCAGAAACUGUUUGUGUCGCGAAUCGUCGACGCGCUGACUGCUCCCUCCGCGCAUCCGUCUGAAGACAGUGAAACUUCAUCCGAGGCCUCUCAGGCACCCCUCCGCUUCCCUCCUCGUUCGUCGGUCUCUUCGUCCACGCCGUCUUCUCCCCUCGCCACCGAACAUAUUCUGGUUGUCACGGACGCCACAGGGGACCGUGCGGCGGCUGCAGCCGCGGAGGCGGGGCGGGAGCUCGUGGGCGACGCGGCGAAGGCACGAAGGAGAACGAGGCACGCAGCGUCUCGGUCCUCUCUUCCUCGCGCGUGGCGUCUCGCGCCGAUGGGUGCUCUGGUGAGAGAGACGCAGCGGGAAGACGGUCACGCGCCCUGGCAGCUGUUUCGGGACCGGGACAGAGCGAGAGGAGCCAGCGAAGACAGAAGCCGAGCGAACCAGGAGAGGAGACGAGGGCGAGACGAGGCCCACGCGAGAUACACAAACCCUCGAAAGUCCGGCGCGGCCUCUCUCGCCGCCUCGACACCCCACACAGAGUACGCCAGUGCGUGGGACGAACUCAUGUCUGUUGUCGUGCAUGCGCUCCAGCAGUGGGCGCCUCUGAGGCACAUUGGGAACGUGCUGUUCCCGUCGGAAGUGGACGACGAGCAAGGAGAGGAAGGCGAGCUCGAGGGGGGGAGCACGGACGUGUCGAGAGAAGCGCAGAGAGAUGUUGACGCUGCCGGCAGCGCGCAUGCUGGGGAGAAGGCGUCGAUGGACGAGUUCGAGAGAGAAGGAGGCAAAGGAGAGCAGGGACAAGCGACAAGGGAAGAGCGCGAGACGACGGAGACAGAGAAAGGAGACAGCGAAGAAGGCGACGAAGCGAGUUUCAGUGCCGGGUCCGACUCGGAGAGGGCAGAUGACCUCUCACACCUUUUGCCGUUGCUUGCCCCGUCGGGGAAGACGCGAGCCUCUUCGCGGUCUGAUCGCUCUCGGCUCAGCUUCGCGAAAAACGCGUUUGUGUCGCCCUCGGCGCUUGCAGCGUCGUUGCGGGGCUUUCAACUCGUUCGCUCUUACGUUUUCGAAGGCCAGAAAGCGUGGCUAGCCGUCGAUCAGGAAACUGUCUCUGCGGCUGUGGUGUACGGACAGCCGGCGGGGCUCGACGUGCACUGGAAAGUUACAUUUUUCCCGCACCUCGACGAAACGGCCCACCGCGUUCUCUCGAGAAGAAGGCGGCGACUCUUCCGUUCUUUCGUCAGGCGGGAGACGAAAGACUCGGCAGACGGCCGGGGAUUCGUGUCGACGGGCAGCGAGGCAGGCCAGGCAGGGCGCGAGAGACGGGAACCAAGACCCGCGAGCGAAGACCAGGACGACGGACGGAAAGAAGGAGUUGGCCGAAGUGCAGGAAUUGGAGACAGGCAGCACGCGUCAACUGAAAACCGGCGAUAUGAACAGGGAGAAACAAGCAGAGAAGCCAAAAACGACAAGAAUGGGAGUCCUCACCCCGAGCCGAGACAUUGGCGGGACCGCGACCUCGGUGUACAUACACCUGACGUGGCGACUGCAUUCGGAAUCAUUGUGGGACCGGAGAUGGACGAUGGAGAUGAAGACGAGGGAUACGGAGAUGCUGCCGAGGGAGAUGGAGAUGCUGCCGAUAAGGCGAGGGAGAGAGAGGCUCUUCCUUCUGGUGUUUCAUCGUUGCCUCUGGAUGAAGUCCGCGUUGAGCAUGCGUAUCUGCGACACGACGAAAGUCGCCCGUCGUCGGCUGCAGACUUCCCUCGUGGGAGAAGGCAAGCAAUGGCCUCUCUUGUCCCUCCGGUGUCUCCAGUCGCCUCUCGCGAAUCGGACCGGGACGAUGCCGUUCUCUACGAUUACGAAUUCGCCACUUUCUCCUUCCCAGGAGCCGCCGCAGUCGAAACAGGCUCUCUCAGCUCCGCAGGCCUCGCGUACACCCGAUCCGGAGACAAGUAUCUCUUUCGUCAUUCUGCCUCUCUUUCUUCUCUCCUUUCUCACCUGGAACCGUCUCUCCCUCGCAAUAAUUCUUCCUCUCCUGCUUCCUCCUUUCCUGCUUCUUCCUCGUUUCCUUCUUCUGAGGUGUCGAGUCAGCCUGUUCUGCAUUCGUUUGUGGGGCCACGCGUGCUGCAGCGCGAGAACCUCGGCGACGUGGUUUUGCUGCAGCACGUUCACAGCGGCGCGUCUGGGGGAAGUGCGCAGACUCCGGCCGUUGAUCCUUCUCCAUGGAAACAGUUCCCUACGGUGUUGUCGAUGCUUGUACACUCGACGGAUCACGCUGUGCGCUACCGCGUCUUCCACCACGCGAGCGGCUUCGUCUCGCCCUCCAGCGCUCUCUGUCCCUCUCGCCUCAACCGGCGCCUCCGCCCCCAGACGCCGCACGUCGCGGAGCCGACGACAGGCGAGCUGUCCAGACACUGCGUCGGCUGGGCCGUGGGAAGAAAGGCCGGGACUGACCACUUUCUGCGCGUCUAUCAGCCCGGCGAGGGCGAGGGUCGUGGAGAAGACCGCAGAAGAGACGCGAAAAACGACGGCGGGAGUGCGUCGCAAGGCGUGUACGAGUUUGUGCGAAGGCCGCUCUGGGCCUCUGCGCCGAAUCGACGCGACUUCGCGUUCGGAUAUCUGCUAAAGUUGCAGAUUUUCCGAACCCUUCGAAGGCCAGCGUCUCCCUUCGCUACACAAGACGAGAAACGAAAACAGUCAGAGGAGGCAGAGCGCCUGGCAGAAGAGGAGCGUCUCGGCGAGUCUCGAAACGCAGAAGGUCCGUGGCGGCUCGGCACUCUCUCUGGGGGCCAGCGGUCUUUUCGGGAGGCGAAAGAGAAGCGAGGCUCGGCGCCUUCACUGGACGGCCCGAGUGGCGCAUCUGACGAUUUGGCGGAAUAUUCUGUAGGAGAAGUGUUCCGCGACUUCUGGAGCUACGCGCCUUCCUUCCGACUGCUCGCCAUCAAUGAAGACGGCAGCUGCAUCGCCGGUGUGACGGGAGCCUUGGGACUCUUUGUGCAAAUCGAAGCCGCCUCGACUCAUAGGCAGGACGCGCCUGUCUCUUCAGCCGUCGGUUUGGUCGGGGCGAACGAGGAGACACUAACGGAGACAGUUGUCGGGAGGGGCUCAUUCGAGGGAGGCGAGGGACGAGAGCGAGAGAACCGACGAGGAAGGACACCAACAGGCACCGACAAGUCCAGAGCUUCGACUCCCGUUGUACGCGAAGUAGACCUCGCCGCCGCCAUGGCACAAGCAGGCGGUGUGGAGGCUCUCGAGGGCCGGCAGGUUGUGGGUCUUUCGUUCUUCCCCCUCCAUCGGUUCCUCGCGGCUGUCGAUCCGAACGUCAUCCGUCCUGAGUUUGGGGCACCGGGGCGCAUCCUCCUGACGCUUCUCCUAGAUGAUGGCCGCCUCCUUCUGCUCUCUGUACACCCCGAUGCAACUGUGGCGUACCCGCCCCGGCCGUUCUUCCAUCACCUUCUUUUCUCCAUAAGUUGGAACAAUCUGGUGAUCUUUCUCUACCUCGUCCUCUUGCUUCUGUUCCAUUUUCGAGGCCAGCAGCUUCUCCUUGUACCUCCACUUUUCAACGACGGCGCGCCGACGCCUGUUCGUUUUUUUCAUCUCUUUUUCGCCAUCGUCCGUUCCUUUCUUUCACUGCUUUUGUUCCCCAUCGUCUCCCUCGUCCUUGCAGUUGCCCGGGCGCUUCGCUUUACCCUCGCGACCUUCUUCUCUCUAGGCUUUUUCUUGCGCCUCGUUCUCGCUCGUGCGCUGUUGCGGCCGCCUCGGCAAACGCCUCCGCCUGCAGCCCCAGCAGCCCCAGCUGGCCCUCAGCAAGCUGAGGCCCCGGCGUCCCCCACCGCCGACCGCGGUCGUCAAGCCCAAGAGACAGGGUCCGAUGUGGCUGGCGCCGCGGCGUCGGAGCGGACACACGCGGCGGGGAGCGCGGUUUCCUCUGAAGAGGCAGAGAUGCGAGGUGAGUGGCCGGGAGAGACAGACGAGGAGAGACGACAGAGACUCCGACAGGCGCGAGAAGCGUUCUUUCGGAAUCAGCUACGGAGCAGAGGAGACAGGCAACCAGAAGGAGAGAGUGCGUUUCUGUCGGCACUCGACGGCGACGCGAGCCUUCGGCGAAGACACGGACGCAGAGAGGACGCCAAAGGAUCAGAGACGGAGGACACAGCUGUCUCGUCUUCCUUUACUCCCUCCGGCCCUGGUGUCGUGGUCCGGCCAGACGCUCGCCGCCCUCUCUCUCCAACCGGGAAAGUCGGCACCUCUUCUGUCUGCCCGCCGCUCUCUUCGUCUUCCUCUCGGACAGGUCUCCUGUGGGGCGUGGACGAGAGGGACGGGCAGCUCCAGGGAGACACAGAAAGGCUCGUGAGAAGUCCGGCAGCCGCGUUUGCGGCGGAGGCAAAAGCUGUCGCUGCCAAAGGCGAGAAAUCGCUUAGUCGUCACAGAAUGUCUUCUUUGCCUUUUGGGGCGUCUGCUUCGGAUUCGGCGUCCACGUCGCGGAGUCUGUCGACCCGUCCCGCUCCGUCCACGGAGAGCCCAGCAGAGCAGAGGAAUUCACAAUUACCCGAUGCACCCGAGCAUUUGCUCGCUGAGUCCAGCCUCACGCCUGCAGCGACAGUCUCUCUCGGGCCUUCUGGCCCGCCCUCGCGCCCUCAGAAUGUCGUCGAACGCCGAGCUUUGCUUGCUCAGGCAGCCUUGCGGCGGAGCCUCGGCGCGUCUCCUGGAGCGGGCGAGGGAGUCUGA